UGUACUUGCUGAGUGGACCAAUAAUACAAGGGGGAUCAACAUUCCAUUAGACAUUCCUCUCGCGGGACUGUCCUGCCUGAAACAUCGCGAAGUUUCCUGCUAUUUUGUAUUUUGGUGGCAGUAAGGCAGCAGGCAGCAACAACCCGUGGAGACAAGUCCAAGAAAGGUGGAGACUCCUGGUUAACUUCCUGCACAAUAAUCUUGAAGCACCACCAAGAGAGAACUGGGGACGCUGCUGCUGUUGCUGCUGAAGCAAGGACUAAUGGAUAUACCGUUCACGUUAUUUCUUUUUCGGCAGUGAAUCGACAAAAAACACUUUGUGGUUGAUUACAUCUACCUGGCUAGUUAGCUAGCUAGCAGAGAGGCUGCUGCUGCUGGAUAAGAGAUUCCCGACGUUUGAUAGCAAGGCGGUGCGAAGGACAGGAAUGGAGGUCGUGGUCGAGUUUGAGUAUGACGCGCUCCAUGAUGACGAGUUGACCCUGCGACCGGGCGAGAUCAUCAAGAACGUGCGGUAUAUAGAAGAGGAUGGCUGGAUGGAGGGAGACCUCAACGGGAAAAGGGGCCUCUUCCCCGACAACUUUGUUAAGGGAAUGAAGAAGGAAUCCAAAGAGGUCAAGGAAACAAAGAAUGAGCCUAAAGAAGAGGCCUCUCAGCCUCCAAGGAGAGAGAAGAGUGCCGGAAACGUGGCCAACCUGGUUCAGAGGAUGAGCACCAUCGGCAUCCCAACUGGUGGCUUCCUGCCGCAGCCACCAGCAGCAUCAAAGAAGCCUAAGAAGAGACAGUGCAAGUCUCUGUUUGACUACCAGCCACAGAACGAAGACGAGCUGGAGCUGAAAGUCGGAGACGUCAUAGACAUCACUGAAGAGGUUGAAGAGGGCUGGUGGAACGGCACCGUGAACGGCAAGUCAGGACUGUUUCCCUCCAAUUUUGUCAAAGAGCUGGAUGCCGUGGGAGAGGACGGAGAGUCCAACGACACGGCAGCAGAUGAGACUGAUGGAAGUGGAAUGGAAAACACCGCCACCCCCACAUCCCCUCAACCUGCCUCAGGGAACGGAGUUAUUGCUCAGCCCAAGAAGAUCAGAGGCGUUGGCUUCGGAGAUAUUUUCAAAGAAGGGUCAGUCAAACUAAAGGCCCGACUGCCAAGCCCCGAAACAGAGGAAAAGAAGGGGAGACCAAUCCCAUCAUUACCAUCUGCUGCAAAGCCCGCCCAUCCCAACAUGACAGACUUGCAGAGAGGAGACGGAGACGGCAAAUCCAAAGCGAAAGAGUACUGUAAGGUCACCUUUGGUUUCGAGGCUACAAAUGAGGAUGAGCUGACCAUUAAAGAGGGCGAAACUAUCCACAUCCUGAGCAAGGACACAGGAGAGCCCGGAUGGUGGCGAGGGGAGAUCGGGGGCAGAGACGGCGUCUUCCCUGACAACUUUGUAGUCAUAGUGUCUGAAGCAGUGAAAGAGACUCCUUCGUCAAGAGGGUCACUGAGAUCAUCUCCGAAACAGGAUUCAGAAGAGAAGCCGAAAAAGCCUCCUCCACCAUCAAAAAGCAUAGCUCUCAAGCCGGAGGUUCCGAGUGCCGACAAGAAGCCUCAUCCCAUCAGGACAGAGGACAGAGUUGACAGGCCAACACCAGAUCACAAACCAUCCAAGCCCGCAGCGCCAGUGGUCCCUCCCAAGAAGCCAGUCCCCCCUCCUGGGAGAGGGAGGCCGGGAAGCCUUCCACCAAAGAGGCCAGAUAAGCCUCUUGCUCCCUCACCAAAGCACAAUGGAGAGCUGCCUUCCGCACGUCCAAAAUCCGACUUUGAGCCAUUAUUGCCCACCAAACCCAAAACACUGUCUGGGGACUGGGGGGAGAAGUCCUCGGAUAUGGAUCUGAUGAGUUUUGAUGAGCUGUCGUCUGCCUCGGAGAAGCUCUCUCACCCCACUGCUAACAGACCAAAGAUGCCUGGCAGGAGGCUGCCCGCACACUUUGGUGGAGGAAGUUCGCCCAACAAGGAAGUGAACGUGGAGAAAUCGUUCAAGAUUGAGGAAGAGGAUGCUGCCAAACCAAAGCUAACAGAAACCAGAAAGCCUUCCACAAACACCUUAUCCCAAACACCGCUACUCCACAAGCCCACCGUGGCCAGCAGCGAGGCCAAGCCCGGCUCAGAAGGCACGUCGCUGGGCAGCAGGGUCCGGCUGGAGCCUGAAGAGCCCAGCUCCCAGCUGGACGAGCUGAGGAGCCAGAUGAAGGAGCUGCUGCUGUCUGUGGAGCUGCUCAAAGCCCAGCAAAUGAAAGAGAUAGCGGAGCUUCGAGGAGAGCUGGAUGAGGAGAGGAUGAAGCGUGUGGCCCUGCAGAUGGAGAUAGAAAAACUGAAGCGGACCGCCCACUCGACGUGAGGACUUCGCUCAAAUCAACAGGAAGCCUCAAGGUCAGCUGCUGGCCUGGCGACCAACCGGAGAGCAGGAGGGCGGAGACGGGCGGAUAGUUGAACGGACGGAGAGAGGGGUGGGACAAUCGGACGAACCACCUCGAGCACAAAUCCUUUUUUCAGUGAUCGACGAAAAUAAACUCUCCCAUAUUUGUAAGAUUUACACUUUGCACAUAUAUAAAAAUUCAAGCUAGAUGUAAUUAAGUUACAAAUGUAUAUGUUUCUACUUUUUUCUUUUCUUUAUUAUUUUCUUUUGCCAACACACAACAAAAAACGAGGCCUUACUUCAAACUACUGCGCUGAACUUACUCCCACUCCUCCCGUCACUCCAACAGUCCUUGAGCUCCACCAGGGGGGAGGUUCGCUCUCAGUACUACUGACUUUGUGUAAAGCAGGGGGCGCUUUGUUUUCCUCGCCUAAUUUUCUUUCUCAUCAUUUUUUUUAUGAUGCACAAAUAGUUGAUUUUAAAAAUAAGAAAAUGUUUGAUUUUAGUUAAUCUUUUGAUCCUCAUAGUUUCCUUUCCUUCACGGUGCCUGUCAGCAGAACUCCACUCCGCGGCUGCAGCGCUCUCAUUUGUCUUUUAUAUGGUUUCUAGCAUUCCUAUCCAGGGUAACACUACUGUGCCUGUUUAAAAAAAAAAAUGAUAUUAAGUGUUUAUAAUGGGAGCUUACAUAUACCAUGAUGGUGUCUGGACAUUUUGCAGCAUGAUAUUGUAUAUCUAUAUUUCUAAGUCUACUGACAUGCCUAGUCAAAUACUUCAGUGUAUCGAGGGCCUCAUCUCUGCUCUUUUAUUUUUGUCAAACUUUCAGUCGCUGGGAAUGUUCUCAGAAGUUUCGAGUUAUAGUCUGCAGGUAAUGCAGACAGAAAUCGCAUACAAAUAAAAGCCUCGAAAGGAAGGAGAGGCGGCACUCUUCUUUUAUCAAGGUGGCUGUGUGUUUUAUAUAAAAAAUUAAUUCAAAAAGCAGCCUCAUUUUGAGCAUCUCUGCAACCUGUUUAUUAAUCUGGCCAUCGUCCCUCUAAUCCCUGCCACGGCCCCUUCCACCUCUUCCUCUCGUUUCUGCCAUCCCUCUUUGGUUUAAAGUUAAUCAUUGGAUCUGAGAGGAGCCUUGUCUUUAUGCUCUGUAAAUGUUAUCUAAUCUUAUUCUACUUCUCUUCCCACAUUCCAAGCACACAAAUUAACAUAACUGGAAGCAGAGAGCAGCAAUAAUGAAUGAAAAUGAAGUACACUCACAUUCUCCCGAUCCUAACUCUGUUUCAGGAGCUAAACGUUUAAAGACCCAAUGUGUUACAUUUCUAUGCGAAUUAUAUUGAAAUAUUUCUCUUUGUGGAAGUUUUUGUUUGUAGAAAAAUGAGACAAUCCUGGUGAAAAUGGGGGCCAUCUGUCUGCCGGUGUCUUUUUAUGUUUAGCCACCUAGCAUCGUAGCUCUAGAGAUGGCGAUCGCUAUCUGCCGUCAGCUAAACGGUUUCACCACUCAGGUCCAGACUGGUAUAUGUCGAUAAAUAUUCUAUAGAUUGUGAAUACAUUUAGAAGAGACAUUCAUGGUCCCCAGAGGAUAAACCCUUAUGUUGGUGAUGCCUUGAUUAUUUUUUUUUGUGACUCCACGAAUAGAUCAAAGUGCUCAAUUAUCUGAAAUAUCUGAAUCCAACAUGCAUUGGCCCAACAUUUAUCAUUUUCCAAAUGAUGUAUUCUUUUAACUUUGUCCUUUUUUAUCUGCAAACUCAUGAAAUUCCAGCCUCAGCUGCACUUUUUGGUAGCUAGCAAAUGUUGCUAACACGCUAAACCAAGUUGGUGAACACUGUUACCAUCAGCAGGUUAGUGUUAUCCCUGACCGAUGCUGGAUUUUUGAGGCCAAUAUUAAUAUAUAAAAGUUUUAAAAAAUGUGCUUACAUGUGUGCCGAUGUUAAACAUUUUUAUAUAAACACAUGGAUUCCCCUCUUUCUUUCCAGUUAUGACCAAGAUAUGUUGAGUCAACUAUUUCUACUGAGUCGGGCAUUUUACAGUUGAAAAAUAAACUAAAAACAAAGUUAUCUCAAACAAAAGAGUUGGUCGUGCUGUUUGGAAACAUAUCUUUUGAACUCUAUGCUAACUUGCUAACAUACAGGAGCACAGCCUCGCACAGCUACCAGAGAAAUGCCACCGCUAGAAGUUGCUGAACGCUUAAAUGUUCCAAUCCUCCAUGUUAGAGCUUUAAGAUGAAGCUUAUGAACAGAAACAGAAAAUGGGUCCCUCACUUACUGUACACUGAGUAAAAAAAAAAAUGCUUUCAGCACCACCGAACAACGGCUGUCCUUCUGGAUGCUCAUCUUUUGUAAUCUGCGAGGUUUAGGGUUACAGAAAUGGGUGGAACUAAUGCGUAGUACGAUGUGAGCUCUGUCGGCUUUAACAUGCAGCCCUGAGCUCUGAAUGUACAGAGUGCAGUUCUGUGCUGAUGAGCAGCUUAUCUCGGUGUUGAGAAACCUUUGAGAGACCAGUACAGUACCAAGUGGAACACCCUCAGGACUAUGGGUUAGAGGAACGUUCUUAGUCAGAAUGUUGUACAACUGUCUCACAUCGACUCCUGUGUACCACAAAUACAAGUACUGGUUACUGUUAUUCCUUGUUUGUUUUUUUAUUUUAAAUAUCUUUAUACAUGUCUCACAAAUGUCUUAAAGAAGUGUUACUUUGCUUUUAAAUCAUCCUCAGGCUUUGUUCUGUUUGUGUGUACAUGCUCGCAAAUUCUAACAGUCUUUGAUGUUAACUUGUGGACUCCAGAGUGCUUUGAACAAGUUGAUACUGUAUAUGUGACCUUAAUGAGCAUGUCACUCAUGCAAUAUGCUGAUGCCUGACGUAAAAAUAACUUCCAUUUAGGAAGCAGCUCUUAAACUAUAUGGCUGGGCAAUGAAAUAAUCACAUUUUGGGAAAGAGGGACCUGGGUGAUAGCUCAUCAUAUAAUAUCUGUAAUACGGCUUAACUUCCACAUAUUGUACAUUCCAGAGUUUGACACCAAGAAAAUAAGAAAUCUGCACAUUUAUAACAAUAUUUUCAAGUGAUUUUGUUUACAAGAGCUGUAUCCUUGCAUGAGCUGAGAUUCUUUUAAAAAAUGAAUAAAUAUCUUUAUUUACUGUCA